AUGACAUCAGAUCCUACCAAGUGUACUGUGCUCUACAAGAUCCUGACUCCGGAUGAGCACGCAGGUCUCCCGACCUCGGACUGGAAGGGCACUUCUCUCGACCUCAAGGACGGCUUCGUCCACCUAUCCACCUCGAGCCAAGUCCCUCUCACGCUCGAACGGUUUUUCAACAAGGACUUUUUCCCUGGGGACGAUCUCGUACUCGGGUUCAUCCCGCGUUCGUCGAUCGACGUGGACGACAAGCUGAAGUUUGAUGAGUCUGCGCAUGGGGAUCGGUUCGGACAUGUCUACGGGACGAUCGACCCUAGCAAGGACUUUGUCAAGGAGAUCAAGAUCGCGCGUGAAUCGGAUGGCAAGUUCCUACUGCCCGAGCUGGAUUUCUGA